AUGCCCUUUCGAUCCUCUUCUCCAAUUCAUCGCCAAACCAGCUUCGAUCAAGACCUCGAAGAUGAGGAGGACGCUGAGCUAUUGCUACCAGCUCAAGAUGGAACUCGUUACAAGCGAAUCCAGAAAGUCAAGUACUCGGUGUCUUAUAUCCUGCUGGCCACUGCUGCUGCUUUCGUGCUUGCUGUGAUGAUUUGGAUUGGGCCAGCAUUACCGAACAAAGAUCCAACCGGACUUGGAGCUCAAUCGCAUGCUACCGUCAGCCUCAUCAAUGACGUUUCCUCAGCUGCCGAUAAUCUACCUGCCGUUAUCUCGGCGUCUUCUUCAGCCAACAACACUCACCGACCCGCGCUCUCAGUCAACAGACCUCCACCUGAGCAACAGCCUCUUCCACCUCAUCACUGGAACCCACUUCUCUUCGACCCUUCUCCUCUCACACACAUCUCCGUCAAGCCUUGCAUGUUUCCUCCUUGGGCUUUUCCCUCAUUCUGCGAACCGACCCAGUCGGCAAGGGACAAAGCGUUAUACGGCAAAUGGGUCCGUGUACCACGUGAUCUAAGUAAAGGAGUUGGACAUUACUACACGGAGAUUUAUUAUCGACGAAUGCAGACAGCCUACGUACCAGGUCAUGUCCAAGGUGUUCAGCCUAUCACCGGUCUGAGGGUGCUUGAAGAUUCUGAAGCACAAACUGAAGAGAUGAAGGCCGAACUUGAGCGUGAUGGUUGGGAACCAGCAGGCGAAAACAUGCGCACUGGUAUUUGGCCUGCCAAGAUCGAACCUGCCCAACUUUAUUUCACUCGAUCAACGACUUACAAUGGCACCGUACAACCUCGACCGAUCAUUGAGGUAGACGUAAUUUGGGGAAAUCCAGCGGAAGCAAAACCUUGGUGGGGCUUCGAGCGUCUCAGUAGCCCGGUCUUCAAGGCCGAUAACGCAAUGGACAAGAUACAAUGUGAUAUUAUUGUUCGAAGAGAGAACGUCAAAGCAUCGCCUCCACCGAACCUUUUCUUUAACUCAGAAGGGAAAUUCAAAAUACUUCAAAUCUCCGACCUUCAUCUCAGUGCUUCCGGAGGUACAUGCAAAAAUGCAGAACUACUACCCUCGUGUGAAAAAGACGGCGCAGAUGCAUCCACGGUGAAAUGGCUUACAAAUGUGAUGGAGAAACAGAAGCCUGACCUUGUCGUCUUAUCAGGUGACCAAUUGGACGGUGAUGGCAAGACGUUUGAUACUCUUUCGACCCUUGUCAAGGUAGGUCAUUUGAUGGCCGACAAGCAAGUUCCUUGGACUGUGGUGUUUGGAGAUCAUGAUUCCGAUAAAGCUCUUGCCAAGGAAGAACAGAUGUAUGUCUUGAAACGAAUGCCAUACUUUGUUGGUAAAGCGGGACCGGGUGUUCCAGGUAUCGGUGAUGAGGGUCUCCCAGAAGUCGAUGAAUUAUCGGACAUGGGUGUAGGAAAUUAUGUGUUGGGUGUCAAUGGUAGCCAGACAGAUCAAGUUCAGGCCUUGACACUUUACUUCCUCGACUCUCAUGAUCAUCGUCCAUUGUCAGUAUCUCAACUCUGGAGCAUGGCCAUGGGAGCUUCUACAGAGUUUGAUUGGUUAAAGGAAUCCCAAAUAGAUUGGUACCGAACCCAAUCCGAACAUCAACCAACCCUUGUACGACCUUACCGCCCAGCCGGAAGUCCGAGCCCUCACCUUACUAAGCUAGUCCGUCGUCAACAAAAACCUCGCAAGAUUCGAAAACCUCCAGCUAUCAUGUUUUUCCAUAUUCCACUUCCAGAGGCCUAUGAAAAGGCAGAUAAGAAUACCGCGACUGGUGGUGAACUUGUGUAUGGUAAUCAAAGGCAAGGACCUAUGUGCCCAAGUAAAGGUGUGGGAUUUUUUGAGCGAGGUGUUUUGAAUGUCACCGAUGGGGCGGGAGAAACUGAAGUCAAAGUUAUUGCAAAUGGCCAUGCUCACUUGACUGACACAUGUAGAAGACACGAUGGAGUUUGGAACUGUUUUGCAGGAUCGGCUGGAUAUGGUGCAGCCGGUGAUGCGACGUGGGAGCGACGAGUGAGACUUUUCGAAGUUGAGGAAUUCGGAGAAAUCAUUCGGACAUCUACAAUCCUAGAUGAACGAGCACUAGCAAAUCAACCAGAUGCUAAAUCACAAAUCAGUCAAUUGGUAUUAUAUGGUACAGGUAGUGCUCCUGGAACCGGAGCAGGAGAACAAAUAAAUGACAAAACUAAGAAAACUUCUUAAAUAUUACGCUGUAAUUUUGUCUUUUUCUACCCUUUGACCUUUGGAAAAUCAUUUUCUGUAGAUUACUGUUUUGAUUUAAUACAUCUGAUUGUUACCUCUCUAAUGCAUUAAAUCUCAUUGUCAUAUCAGAUCACCACAAAACCGCAACUUGUUCUCCUAAAUUUCAUCUUGUUUAUAAAUAUGUUUAUAAUUAUCUGCAUACACUACCUCCUCUCUUCUUUGGCAACCAAACAAGAUGUUGUCCUCUAGUUUCCAUUCACCUAUUUUUCUUUCAAGAGAAUCAUGCAAAUUCAAACUAAUUAUUC